CGCCGCCAUCUUGGAGCUCUGGAUGAGGAGGGGGAAAGUAGGGGAAAAGAGGGAAAAGAGCCGGGAGAGAGGUGGGCGAGGACGCGGGCAAGGGCACGGCAGGGCCCUGGCCGGCCAAAAGAGGCUCGCGGAAGCAGCAGCCGCCGCCCGACCGCAGCUGGAUUUUGAAGAUUGAUCCAAGGGACUGUAUUAAUUUCAGAAAUUGAUUUGAAAGACACUGGCUCUGCCACUUAACAACCAUGUAACCUUGGAUAUGGAAGACAGCAGCAGUAUUGCCAUGUUGGUGCCAGAUACAGGGGAACAAGAAACUAUAUUGACGGCUGAAGGUAUCAUCACUCCUUCAUUAGAAAUCGAUGAGCAAAGAAAAACUAAAGCAGAUCCAUUAAUUCAUGUUAUACAGAAGUUAAGCAAGAUAGUGGAGCAUGAAAAGUCACAAAAAUGUCUUCUGAUUGGGAAAAAACGCUCACGUUCAAAUACUACAGCACACUGUCUUGAAACCCAAGAACUUUGUGAAAUUCCAGCAAAAGUAACCCAGUCACCUGCUGCUGACAUUAGAAAGGCUGAGAUGUCUCAAGCAAAUUUCACACCUGACUCUCUUGCCCAGAAUGAUGGGAAGGCAAUGUCUUACCAGUGUAGCCUUUGUAAGUUUCUGUCAUCCUCUUUUUCUGUGUUAAAAGACCAUAUCAAGCAGCAUGGUCAGCAGAAUGAAGUGAUAUUAAUGUGCUCAGAGUGCCAUAUUACAUCCAAAAGCCAAGAGGAGCUUGAAGCUCACGUGGUAAAUGACCAUGAAAAUGAAGCCAAUAGUCACAUCCAGUCCAAAGCCCAACAGUGCAUAAGCCCCUCCAACUCCUCAUGUCCAAGAACCACUGAAAGAAAUAAUGAAACCAUUCCUGACAUCCCAAUAAACGUGGAUAGUUCGCAAACUCAUACUGUACAAACUUCAUCCGUGACUGAAAUGGGUAGGAGGAAAUGGUAUGCAUAUGAACAAUAUGGCAUGUAUCGAUGCUUGUUUUGUAGUUAUACUUGUGGCCAGCAGAGAAUGUUGAAAACACAUGCUUGGAAACAUGCAGGGGAAGUUGACUGCUCCUAUCCAAUCUUUGAAAAUGAAAAUGAGCCUCUCGGCUUGCUGGAUUCUUCAGUAUCUGCUGCACCAGGUGGGGUUGAUGCAGUAGUCAUUGCUAUUGGAGACAGUGAACUGAGUAUCCACAAUGGACCAUCAGUACAAGUGCAAAUUUGCAGCUCAGAACCGUUGUCGUCAUCUUCAUCUGCUUUAGAACAUAGUGCAGAAGGGGGCGUAGACCUAAGUCAGUCAGUUACCCUUGACCCUAAUGAGGAAGAAAUGCUAGAGGUGAUCUCUGAUUCAGAGGAGAAUCUGAUUGCUGAUAGCCUACUUUCAUCGGCACAGAAAAUCAUCAGCAGUAGCCCAAAUAAGAAAGGUCAUGUUAAUGUGAUAGUGGAGCGUUUACCAAGUGCAGAAGAAACACUUUCACAGAAACAUUUCCUCAUGAAUACUGAAAUUGAAGAAGGGAAAAACUUGAACCCAACAGAAACCCAGACUGGCUGUGGAGAAACUGAUGACAUUUAUCAUGCUGACAAAUGUACUGUUGACAUUGGGGGGUUGAUCAUAGGCUGGAGCAAUCCAGAAAAGAAAGACAGUGAGUUAAUAAGUAAAGGCUUAGCUACUGAUGAAAAUGCCCCACCUGGCCGAAGAAGGACAAAUUCUGAGUCCCUUAGACUACAUUCAUUAGCUGCAGAAGCCCUUGUCACAAUGCCUAUACGAGCUGUAGAACUAACAAGAGCCAAUCUUGGACAUUAUGGGGAUAUAAACCUCUUAGAUCCAGAUACUGGACAAAAGCAAGUAGAUAAUCCAUUGGCAGCAUAUUCAAAAAUGAUGUCACCGCUUAAAAACUCUUCAGAUGGCUUAACUAGUUUUAACCAAAGCAACUCUACCUUGGUAGCACUUCCAGAGGGUAGACAGGAAUUGUCAGAUGGACAAGUUAAGACAGGCAUCAGCAUGUCCCUACUUACUGUAAUUGAAAAAUUGAGAGAAAGGACAGAUCAAAAUGCUUCAGAUGAUGACAUUUUGAAAGAGUUGCAGGACAAUGCCCAGUGCCAACCCAACAGUGAUACAAGUUUGUUGGGAACCAAUGUGGUAGAAUAUAUCCCUAAUGCUGAACGGCCUUACCGUUGUCGCCUAUGUCACUAUACAAGUGGUAACAAGGGUUACAUCAAGCAGCAUCUACGAGUUCAUCGACAGAGACAGCCAUAUCAGUGUCCUAUUUGUGAGCACAUAGCUGACAACAGCAAAGAUUUGGAGAGCCACAUGAUCAACCACUGUAAAACAAGAAUAUACCAAUGUAAACAAUGUGAAGAAUCCUUUCAUUAUAAGAGUCAGCUGAGGAAUCAUGAGAGAGAACAGCACAGCCUUCCAGACACCUUGUCAAUAGCAGCUUCUAAUGAGCCAAGAAUUUCCAGUGAUACAACUGAUGGAAAAUGUGUUCAGGAAGGGAGUAAGUCUUCAACCCAGAAACAGUAUAGAUGUGAUGUGUGCGAUUAUACAAGUACAACAUAUGUUGGUGUCAGAAACCACAGACGAAUUCAUAACUCUGACAAGCCGUACAGAUGUUCUCUAUGUGGGUAUGUGUGCAGCCAUCCUCCGUCUUUGAAGUCUCAUAUGUGGAAGCAUGCAAGUGACCAAAAUUACAACUAUGAACAAGUAAACAAGGCUAUUAAUGAUGCAAUUUCACAAAGUGGCAGAGUUCUGGGGAAAUCCUCUGGAAAAACUCUGUUAAACAGCAGUGAAGAGAGAGCCGAUCCUGUCACUGGAAGUUCAGAAAAUUUGGUGUCAUCCUCCGAGCUGAUUUCCCAAGCACCCAGUGAAGUCAUAGAUCCCAAUGAGAAUGAGAAACUGAGCCCUACGAAUAAUACCUCAUAUAGUUUAGAAAAGAACUCCAGUCUAGCCCCUCCUGGAAUGGAGUAUUGCGUUUUGCUCUUCUGUUGUUGCAUUUGUGGUUUUGAAUCAACCAGCAAAGAAAAUCUCUUGGAUCAUAUGAAAGAGCAUGAGGGUGAAAUUGUAAACAUCAUCCUAAAUAAAGACCACAGCACAGCUGUAAACACAAAUUAGCUGGAAUAGUUAACCACAGUUUCACCUUUGUGCUGUCAGAUAACUAACCUACUAGAUGCAGAAAAACUAGUUGGUGUGAGAGGAAAUGACAGGUGUGACUUUGGAACCAAACUUGUGAUGUAAUAAAAUGAAUUCCAAAUGGAUAAAUAGUAAUAUUUAAAUAUUUUGAGUGAGGGGAAGUGGGUUGAGGAGGAACAAAGAUGUAAUCGGUAUUAAUCCUCUGUCACCCCUUCUUAGUGUUGAGUGUAUUUAUUAUUAAAAGCUUAUUAUAGUUUAGACAUACAUGCAAGCAAAAGUUAAGAAAGGGCUUUUCAGGAACUCUUCUAAAACUUGUUAUAAAAGUGUCACAGUCUUAGCAGAGCUUAACUUUCUUGUGUUUACUUUUGACAUGCGAGCUCUGGAAUCGCUGGGUCUCUUGUGAGAAUGGCACAUAGCUUCUAGAGGGGUUUUUUUCAGAGUCUACAAGGAAGCAGAUAGAGGGCUUUGAAAUGAUCCACUUAAAUCUUCCCCUGGAUUUAUCAUAUACUCAAUAAGAAUUUAUCAUAUACUCAAUGUGGAAUACGUUCCUUUAUUCCCAAAAACAAAAGAAAGACCUCUAAACCAAAUCUGGAUUAUAAAUAGACAUUUAAGAAGUAAAUUGUUGUCUUAAAUUUACAGUGAGUUUUUGGUAGGAAUAGGAAGAAAUGGGUUCAUUCCAACCAGACUCAAAUCAAUCUCAAGUUCACAGAACUGGUGACUAGUUGAGCACAGCAGGGCACUUCUCACAGGUUCCUUUCAGAGUGUCUGGAAGAACACAGCAUACGUUUGAUAGUUAAAUAGGCUUUCCUGAUCCUCAGUGCUAAGUGAGGAUUCCUUGUUAUUUGAAUGAGUCUCUAAAAGCAGCAACAGAGUAUGGAAAAAUUACAUCAGGCCUUAGCAAUAGUUUGAACACUAAGAUAAAAAUGAAGUUGAGGGAGAAAAUUCAGAGGACUCUUAAACUUAGUACUGCUGUUGAGAUUUUCCUUUCUGAAGUUUAUUUAGUUAUAUUUUUAGCAGAAGAGAAAUAACCAAAUGUGACCAAAAUAUAGUAAAAAUUCAAGUUGUUUGUAAAAAUUUUAAUUAGCAAACAGAAUUUGGCAAUUCUAUAGGGUUUCUUUCUAAGAAAUUCUGUUUAGAGUGUGAUGUGGAAAACUAAGUAAAUGUGCUGUCGCAGUAAAACUUGCCAUCAAAUACACAUAAGUUUCUCAUUAAUUACAUAUUUUGUAUUAUAAUUGUUUCAGUGGGUGAAAAAAAACAGGGUGUUUUGUUUUUGUAGUUCUGAUCACUUAUUUAUACAUUAUUUUUUUGUUAAAUUCUGCCUCCAGUCAAAAGGCAGGUGCACCAUUCAGUGCGCCAUCUUCACGGUGCUAUAUCAGAUGAACAUUCUGAAUAUCCAUUUCUAACAUUUAGAGUUGAGGUUGUGACUCUGAUAAACUUAGAACACCAAAAGCAAGAGUUUCAUGAAUGGAAUACUAUAUAGGCAAAGUUUUCAGAAAGAAUUUUGCUCCCAAAGUCCAGGUAUAAAUAAAAUGAAUUAAUAUUUUUAAGAUAGCAUUAGGAACUAUGUAAGUGGGGCCAGCCAUCUUGAAACACUGUCUAAUUUGUUUUUAUUUUUCUCAUUUUGAUGAUGAUAGUUAAACAUACAGUUGGCUGUAACUUUGCAGCUCUUUGAUUUAGGUAGCUUUAAUUUAUUUGUGAAAGUUAAUUCAUUUCUGAUAUAUGCUUUUUGAAAAGAUAAAAUGAAUUUAUAUAUACUAAACUAUAUUUCCCAAAUCCACUAUACAUGGAUUUAAAUAAAUGCAUUUUCUCCUAUUUCAGAAUUGAACCAUAUAGAAAAGUAACAAUCUUAGAAGAAUUUUCCUUGGCUUUACUUUUCCAUAAUCCUUUGGAAAAUACUAAUAACGCCCCCCCGCAAAAAAAAAAAUCCCAAAAUUUCAAGUGUGACUUUUUAAAUUGCCUUUCUUAAUUUUCUUAAACCACUUCCUUUGAUUGUUACUUAAAUAUUCCAUUUGAAAUCAUGAAUUUAAUUCCCUACCCCUUAGGGAAAAGUUAACCCAGAAGUUCAGCCCCCUUAAACUUUCACCUGAUUCUGGCUUUCAAUUGUCCAUAAAAACUUUCUCUUGGCCUACAGGAGGAAAAAAAUGUACCAAGAAUAUUUUAAAUCUUCCCAAUAUUAUUUUGUGGCAAGGCUUAAAACUGUUUCUGCCAAGAACAAUUGAGUUUUCUAAAAGUAAUAAUGAAGAUUAAAUAUGCAAUUAUAAUUGUAAAAAAGAGUUAUUAAAAUAAUGAAUAGGGAAUCCCUUUAUAGGAAUAAUUACUUAUUGCUACUAGACAUUUUGUCAUAUAGAGUUCAUACUGUUUGUUUUCUGCUCUGAACACUUAACAGUUCUAAGAUUUGAUAGUGAAAAUAGUUUUAAAAGAAACUAAAUUCAGCAAAGGUGAGAAUCAGGGAGAUAAUGCAUUCUGAUCAUUAUAAAUAACACUUUUCAGGGCUCUAAUGUUUUCUCCCUUUCUUUAAUAAUCCAGAGUGUGGUUGGUGUCCCCAGUGUUCCAACAGUACUGUGCUUAUAUUCCUCUUGAUCUGUAGACUUAAGUUCUGUGGCCAGACAGUGUGUGUGUGACACUGACUGAAGCCUUUGAUUUAGAUCUUUCAUCUUCUUCAGGGUAGCUGUUGAUGGCUUUAUAAUGAUUUUCUGUUUUUUUCUCACAAAGCAAAUGGUGGGCAUCCAUGUUUACAUUGUAUCUUCCUGUAGCGUACUUGGCUUGGCAAAGACAAGCAGGCUUCUCUAUGAGACUUAUAUUUUUAGUUUUCAUAGACACUUAUUUAAUCUUUUUUUAUUGUACAGCAAGGUGCUCUAAGUAAUAUUCUAUAAAAUAUAUUUAAUAGAAAUUUGAGUUUGAUAUUCAUGGACAUGAAUACAUGUAUUUUUUUAAGAAAUAAGUAUUGUGUAACACUAUGGCAUUGCUUCUAUAGCCAAAGUAUAAAAGUUUCUGGAACACUGACAUGUAAAGACUACAGUUAAUUCUGACACUGUAUCUUAUUAAAAAUAGGAUGAUUUGCAUUUUGUAAAAUUAUCCUGCACAUUGAGCUGCAUGCCUUAAAGCUGAAACUCUAGGAUUGUGUUCAUGGUAGAACAGUUUAUCUGUUCAGAACAGUGAAGCAAGGUCUAUAGCGCUUCUUUAACUACCUUUGGAAAUACUGUACAAUGUUAGAAUAAUUUAUUUUGCUUUACAGGAGUUUGUCAUGUAUUGACUUUAAUAUUGUAUUUUGGUAAUAAAUUUUUUGUUAAAAACA